ACUCUUUAACGUCUGUCGCGUCGCGCCCGAAUCGCAUCAAAGCACAAUAUUUCAUUCAACAAGAACCGUGCAUUCAUCUACAUACAACAAACAAAUCUUCGCGGCUUAUCUGCCAGGUACGUUUUUUGAACAAAAGCCUAUCACAAAGAAAACAAGAAAAACGUCGAGAAAGCCUGAAGUUCAUCAUGUCGUAUCCGGGUCCCCCAGGAGUCCCUUCGGCGCACCCAUCUCUUCCGCCCCGACCACCCGCCGCCCCGGGUAGCAAACAACAACAACAGCCGAUCGGACCUCAGGCAACCUCUAGGUUCUCAUCCACCUUUUCUUCUCCCAGCACAUACUCUGCGCCGCCAGGCUACCCCGCCACCACCGCCGCCGCCGCCGGCGCAGCAGCAGCAGCAGCACCACCACCACCAUCAUACUCCAGCGCCGCGCCGGGCUACUCGGCACCACCAUCCCGCUAUGGCGCACCUCAGACGACGGCAUACUCCUCAUACUCCGCGGCGCCCACGGCCAUGCCCGUGAGGAACUCUGGCGGAUAUGGGAGGGGAGGAUACGGCGGCGGUGGCGCCGGCACGGGCGCCAGCGCGCCGACCUACUCGUCCGGGUAUAACAACUACCGACAGCCCAAUUCUCAGCCUGGUGCGGCGAGCUACGGCGCAGGACCACAGAUCAGAAAUCCGUUCCCCGUCCCGGUAGCAGCGGGAGCAGCAGCCCCGACAGCCGGGCCGGUAUCGGCGCAGAGCGAGGAGGCCGAGAUGGCCGCGCAGAUGGCACAGUGGCAGAGCGCCUACCUUCCCAGGAGCGAGACGGACCCGGCGGUGGCGGGUCCGAUCGGCCCGGACGCAACGUCUCAGUACCCGCAGCAGCAGGCACAGCAGCCGGAGCAGGCCGAGGCGGGCGCCAACGGGGACGAGCGGAAGAAGACGGUGUAUCGGACCGGGGGCGGCAAGAAAUGGGCCGACGACACGCUUGUGGAGUGGGAUCCGACGCACCUGCGGCUCUUUGUCGGUAACCUGGCGGGCGAAACGACAGACGAGUCGCUGCUCAAGGCGUUUUCGCGGUGGAAGAGCGUGCAAAAGUCCAAGGUGAUACGAGACAAGCGCACCAACAAGAGUAAAGGAUACGGGUUCGUCAGCUUCAGUGAUCCGGAUGACUUUUUCCAGGCCGCGAAGGAGAUGAACGGCAAGUACAUCCAAAGCCACCCGGUCACGUGCAGAAAGGCAAACACCGAGAUCAAGGUCACCAACGUCAAGCCGGACAAGAGGCACGGCGGGAGGAACGACAAGAGGAAGGGUAAUGGCGGAGGGGGCGGUGGAGGCGGCGGCGGCGGCGGUGGCUAUGAGCCGCGCCUUGGACCUCAUAAUCCCGGUGGCAUUGUGAAGCCUGGUCAGAAGACUAAAGGCGGACUGAAGCUAUUGGGUUAAUUGAGGGUGAGUGGCUGACGGGAUGAAUUAUGAUGGACUUUAUCUCGGUGUUAUACUGGCAGUGUAUGCGACAAGCUCACAAUUAUAGAUGCAAGGAGAUUAAACCGCUUAAUAAUUCGAUGACCUGUAAAUACCUGGACCUCUGAAUUGAUCAUUGAACAACAAAAGCUGGCAUUUUACGUCCCCCGUCUUAAAGCUCAAUUGUAAAGAC